UAUUAAGGUUACACCUGCCUAGCUAGCCACGAUAUCACAUUUGAACUCUUUGCGUUCGCCCUGUAGUUAUUAUAAGUCGCAGGAAACACGACGCUGGGCAAAUACACUCCUAUCCCUGAUGUGGUGCAGUGAUUUGCCGUUCUUUGAUAAAGCUGAUCUAGUGGCUUCGUAGUUGUGCCCGUUUGAUUAACAAGUUCCUUACGAAAGUUAGGAACUCUGAAGUGGAAGUAUUGCAUUAUAAAAAGUCAUGAUUUACGAAUAAAAAAAAAUGCGAUAACUGUUCAUUGAAGUGAAGAACUAAGUUGUUAUGAACCUAUGUUACAAGGCGGAUAAUUUUGAAACAGAUUGACACUGCAAAGCGACAAGUAUUUCUUAUGCCUGACGUUAUUUUUUAAGUAAAAAAAUCUGAAUAUAGAAAAUAAAUCCGAUAACGGAACGGUCUUCGUGACCUCAGGAUCCCACGAACAUAGUCUGGAGUUUUGGAAGUGAGCCUGCAUGCUUCUUGAUUGAUUGAUUGAUUGAUUAUGAGGAGUGAGGACCAGCGCCGGAACCCAUCAGGAUCAUUAUUCAGCGCCACCUGGCUGCUUCUCUCGCCUUCUCUGAAUGAAAAUCUUGGCCAGCGUCCUAUCACAAAAGAAAUAAAUAUCCUUCGUUUCAGGGUGAACGAGUUUGUGUCGCGGCAAAGAUGUAGUAUCGACCUAAUGUCAGAGGAUCGAUCAGGUCGACUUAAGGAUAAUAAUGUCAUCAGGUGCGGUUUAAUCUGAGACGGCCCAGAGGAUGAUAAGAUUAUUAGCUCUGAUACAGUGCUGAGUGUGUAACUUGGCAGUGUAACUUAUAUGAUGCUUUCUUGAAGUGAAUUUUAUAUUAGUAUCUAUGAGAAGAAAAAAGCGAAAAUGUUAAAGCUACAGAGAGCAAAAUUAUUUAUCAUCCCACCCUGUUGUGGACGAAGAUGUGAUUGCGUCACCAAGCGUAUAUCAAACGGAUGUCCCUCCAGCCACAUCUGAGACAUCCUAUUCAGUUCUAGGACGUUUGGAUGCUCCAGCAUUGCACAGAACGACUUAAUUCUCCCCCUCAGAGUCAUGAAGUCUCUCGGCCACAGGGAUUGUUAAAGACGACUCCGAAGAUCCUUCGUAAAAGUUACCUCCAAAUAGUGGCCUCAAGUCUCAUAGUCAAUUAGAGGUACCAGUCUUUUUUUCAACAAGUUCGUCAACAUGCAAACUCUAGACGGCCCGGAGGUUAUUUUCAACAUCACCAACGAGACAGUCGACAGCACUGUUCUAAACGUCACUUUCAAUGUCUCGACGGAUGGUCUCUACGAAAACACAACUUUCGAUGUUCAUGAGUACAUCAAACUUCAUUUGGGACCCCCGCGGAUGAGGUACACCACGCUGAUCCCACAGACGGUUUUGUACGCCCUUAUUGCUAUGAGUGGUGUGGUGGGGAACUUCCUAACAUGCCUCGUUGUAGCUAGGAAUCACUCCAUGAGAACAUCAACUAAUUAUUACCUCGUCAACUUAGCUGUUGCCGACCUCAUUGCUCUCUGCUUCACUCUACCAAUGGAAGUGUACACUGUGUGGGUGCAGUACCCGUGGCCCCUGGGGGACGCUGUGUGCCGCUUGCGGGCAGUGGUGGCGGAAUCAUUGAAUAUUGUCUCCAUCCUGACAAUUUUGGCUGUCUCCGGGGAACGCUAUGUUGCCAUCACAGAUCCAGUCAUAGCACGAACAACGCAUACACUAACCAGGACUACCAGAGUAUUACCAGCAAUAUGGUUGGUAGCAUUACUCGCUGCAUCUCCUUGGGGAUACUACCAGCAGGUUAAUCAUCUGCGACUGGGUAGCAGUAUUAUCCUGGAAAGCGCUUGGUGUGCCAUUUCAUUCCAUGAAUCUUAUGACAGUUUGCCCUGGGUAAUGUGGAUGUCAUCUGUCUUCGGGUUCAUUAUGCCCAUGCUUAUACUCAUCAUCCUCUAUUACAAAAUUGGCGUAGUUCUGUCCAUUGACCCGCCAAGUCGCACCCCAUCUGCUGGCAACGGAGCCAUGCACACUCGCAGGAUGGGCAUCCGGAUGUUGGUAGCGGUGGUGGUGGUGUUUUUCCUGUGCUGGGCGCCAUUCCACGCGCAAAGGCUAAUGUUCGUUUUCGUCAAUCUCUAUGGCACCUGGACUAAAAAUCUGAGAACUGUCAAUCAGAGGCUUUAUGUGGUAGCAGGUAUCUGCUACUACUUGAAUUCUGCAAUGAAUCCGAUUUUGUAUUCGGUCAUGUCCGUCCGUUUCCGGAUUGCCUUUCGCAGAACCCUGUGCGGCGGAAGGGAGUGGGCCAGGCGGCAACAGUACCUCUCUAACACCUACGGUGCCCACUUGCACUCCAACACUUCCAAUACCCUCAACAGGACACGGGAAGUUUCGACGACUUCCACCACCAAAUACAUCACGAGAGCUGGAUCGAAGAGAAUGGGGCUUCCAGAUUUCUGCUCACGCAACGGUUUUAAUUAUGUCUUCGAACAUAUGGAAAUAGAAGCGUAAUUCAUUCGAUCUGCAAGGCACCGGUGGUUGUGUCGGAUACAGUGGCAUCAACAUUCCUCGGUCUACGGAUGAAUGAAUAACACAGUGGCUGGGAGUUCCAUCCUGUAACGCUGAGGUGUUCUGCACUGAAUGUCACAUAGUCUGGAAGUUUCCAAUUAUGACGGGGAACGGGAUUUCCACCGUAUUUUAUCGUCUGUAAAUACCAUAAUUUGUGAGCUCAAGGGUGUUUUCGUAGUGAGUAUCUGCUCCUGCUGCUCUGUCUCCUCUCUGUUUUUGCCUUCACUUGAAGUUUUUCCCAGCCCAUUACUCUCUAUAUUUAAUUUCAGAAUGUUUUGGUCAUGCCAUGCUCAUUGUAUUAUCAUCGAUAUCUGUGUUCCUAACGUUCAAGAUGUUGUGCUCUGUACUGCAGCUCAGAACUGUAAUUGACGUUGUAAUAUAAGGAAAACGUUGUUGUUGUUCACUUACGACAGAAGUUUAAUCCAUUUCAGUGGGAACUGAGAAAGAGACGUUUCUACAAUAAUGGCCAGUGACAAGGAUCCGAGGUUAAUGAUGUAGGGCAAAGGGACAGACAUUUUAAGUCUUCAGAAGUAAAACAGGAAAUGACAUAAAUAUAGGAACAUGGAGGUCAAGCAAGUGGAAUCUGUGCGUUAUUCAGCAACAAUUGAUGGAAUGAAAAUAUUGGUAAGGUUAUAGUGCAAUGUGCACCGGCCUGUGGACAAGAGAGGAUGUCGUUAAACUUAGCGAUCAGCAGUGACGUUAUUAUUUUGGGAUUAUUGUGGUAUCAAUGAAUAAUAAUUGUGUUUUAUGGAUUGACAAUGUUACAUCGAAACAGCGAGUGAACUUAAGCUGAGAAGAAUUUCUAUUGUUUUUGGUAACAGAAGUGGUGAUAAUCUUCUAAGGAGUAGAAUGUAUUUUUCGUGUCGUGUAGAAUUGUGUGGUUAGAAAGUGACCCUUCCCAAUCUGUGAGGUGACAGAUUUAGAAUGCAGCUGCGCGGUUACACAGUUCCACCUACAGUGAGGCAUUCUGCGCGCUUGAAAGUAUGCAUGGAUAAGGGAUUACCUACACACUUGUAUGUUUGUAUGCAUGAUUUUUGCUAUCUCUGUGAAAAGUAAAGUAGACAACUGUAAAACAGUCAAGACUGUUAUUGUUUUCCCAACUUUUCAUCUAUCAAAUUUCCACAGCACUAGAAUAUUACAAGUCUAAUUUUUUUUCUUUGCAGAACACUAAAGAGUCAACUUAUUGACAUAAGUAUGCUUUGUGGUAUUUUACUGGCACUUAGGCGCUUAACACUACUCGAAAGUAUUUCACAAUUCUCUCUCUCUCUCUCUCUCUCUCUCUCU